AUAUCGAAGGUGAAGGACGUUACUGGAGAAAAGUUGAAGUUCUAAAGCAAAGGAUGCAAUCAUGAAAAAAGUUUACUGGUGGUAGUGCAUGAAAUAAACGACAAGUCACUGGUGGUCAAGUAUUUGUAAAUUAACGAAGCUUUGAAAAUCUUUAGCUAACAAAUAUGCGACGAAAAAACAAAAAUCGUGAAUCGGAGAUUGUAAACACUGAGUCAAGGGACACAACUCUAUCAAAACUUCUAGGUGUUUAUAUACUCGUUUGUUUUGUUGUUUCUGCAUCUUGGGCCAUUGGACAUUACCAGUGUUCAUUUUUGUGGGUAUUUUUGUUGAUCAGUGGGUUGUUUGUAUUAUGGAAGACCAAACUAACGAAUAUUGUGCAAAACAGAAUGUACCAAGAGGAACUAAGAAUUCACAGAAAGAGAGCACUGAGACAGAGUGAAACAGCAGAAUGGCUCAACUUUAUUAUAAAUAGAUGGUGGGUGUUUAAUGCUGAUACUAUUGAAGAAGUAGUGAAGAAGAGACUUGAAGACAGAUUAUAUGCAAUAAAACCUUCUUAUUUAGAUAAACUUAAUUUAGAAGUCUUUACUUUUGGUGACCACACUCCCUCCAUAAAAUAUGUCCGUACCUUUGAGUACAUGGAUGGAGUGCCAGGAGGCAGAAAACCAGUUUCAUGGGUUAAUAUUAACACACCACCUACAGGACUUGACAGAGUGUCAUCAUAUCAACUUGUAUGUGAAGUUGAUACUCAAAAUCUAUUGGACCAGUUCCAGAUGGUAUUUGCUGCUAGAGUGGGUCAAGGAAGGGCCAGUUUAGGAUUUAAAAUAGCAGUCGAACAACUGAGAAUGUCUGGAAUUCUACAGAUUGUUUUACACAUGUCAAAAGACAUUCCAUUCCCUCACAUAUCAAAAGCCAGUUUGUCAUUCAUUGAUAAACCUGAGGUACAGUUCAAUCUGAAUGUUCUGAAAGCAGUGAACCUUACAGAGUUACCAUUGUUAAAGAAUUGGAUAUAUGAUCAGGUGAUGGAUGGAUUGGCUAAAGCCAUGGUAGAUCCUGGACAGAUAAACAUUCCUAUAUCUAGAGUCGGUGCUGUACAGUUAAAGAAACCAGGGGGAAUCAAAGCACAGAAAUUAGCACAAGGAGUUCUGACGAUACAUAUUGUAGGGAAUCCAAUAAAGAAUGGAGAUACUGAAGAUGUGCGUUACUCUACAUUAAGACUUGGAGAACAGAAACGUACAACACAUGAUGAGUUGGCCAUCAAUGACUGGGAUGAUAUCUGUUCAUUCUUUGUUUAUGAUCUCAAAAAAGAAAAGAUAACAUUAAAAAGUAAAUGUCACAGACUGUUGAGUAAUGUCACACUACAACAACAUGUAAUAGAGUUGUCUUCCUUACCAUUUAAUCUACAACAAAAUGUAAAUACAACCAUAGAGAAUACUGAUGGCAGUACAUAUGAAUUAAAGAUGCAGUAUACAACACUUCCUCAGAUAGAUUUAGAAAAACCACCAGAUAUACAACAAUUUGAAAACAAAUCAGGUGUAAUGUAUAUAUGUAUCCAUGGAGCCAGUAACUUGAUAGCUUCAGACAGAAAUGGAACCUCUGAUCCUUAUUGUGUAGCAUUCUGUGACAGGAGAAGAUUACUAACUACACCUUUCGUGAAGAAUACAUUAACUCCAAGAUGGGAUUCUAGUGUGGAAUUUUUUGUCAAAGAUUUUACAAAUGUUAUGCUGUCCUUUUAUGUCUUUGAUUGGGAUGGAACCAAUAUUAUAGAAGAUGACUUCUUAGGAUCAGCUUUCUCUACAGUGUCAGAGGAAGAACCUGUAGUAAUAAAGAAACAGUUAACGUUGGGAUACAACAAAUCAUCAGAAGGCUAUGUAACAGAUGCAUCGUAUGGGAAGAUUAUUGUCUCACUAGUGUUUAGACCUGUCACUUCAGUUGAGAAAUCAGAGAGAUACAGGGUAGCAAGCUUAAGUGACAGUGGGAAGAGAGAUUACUUGUAUAAUGAAGAUCUUGUAUCUCCUUCAUCUGCUCCUACAACAUCAAGAUCAUCAUUUCAUCGGAUUGACCAGGAGGAGAUAACUCCCACAGAGGUUCAUAAAGAGGGAGGUGGACCAAAUCACCAGACAUCUAAGAAAGUUACACUUGCUGAAUUAUACCCAACAACUAAAACUAUGGUAGAUUUGACAAUUCUUCAAGGCAGAGAUUUGAUUGCAAUGGACAGAAAUGGAUUUAGUGAUCCCUUCUGUAUAGUAAAAAUGGGAGAGAAGAGAUUACUGAAGACCUCAGUAAAGAAGAAAACUUUAUUCCCUAAGUGGAAUGAGAGUACAACAUUUGAGUUCAGUAAUGAAAACCAAAUGAUUGAAAUUCUGCUGUAUGAUAAAGAUUUCAUAUCAGAUGAUUUCCUGGGAAAAGCUAUGCUAUCUCUUGAUAAACUGAAAGAAAUUUCUUACAAGAGCACCUCAGAAUGGAUAAAGUUACAAAGAACCAAGUCUGGUAUGAUACAGAUAAAGUGUACUGUUACAACAAAUGGUGUUCCUAUGAAAAGAGAGAAUGAUACCAAUUCAAUACCAGAAAAUGAGGUCUUUAAAUCUGAAACUACUCCAGCAUUACAGGCUAUGCCUGAUAGAUCUACAGAAGAACAAAAUCACAAAAUGAAUGGUCAAGUCAGGAAAGAUAUGAAACCAGACAUCUUACCAUAUGUCGAUGAAGUUGAUUCAGGACAUCACAUCAAAGAGGAAAUUGUUGUAAUGAAACAUGAUUCUAAAUUGUCAUCUCAACCACCUCCAAGACAGGAAUUGCAUGCUAAUGGAGCAACACCAGAAUCUAAAAAAAUAAAUACUUCACUACAAAAUGGUGACCAUGAGAAAAGUGAAAGCCCUCCUAAACAGAGAAAAAGUCAAACUUCUCCACAUCAGAAAAGAGUAGAGGGGGAGAAUCAGAGGACAUCUAAACAACUUGGAAGUCCUGUACCACCUGAACAAAGCAAUUCACCAACAGAGAGUAGAGGUAGGGUACAGGGAAGAAGUAGAUCCUCCCAACAUAUUGAAUCUCAGGUGGAUGGCAGUCCAAAUCAGCCAGGUCAUCCUCAUUACAUUCGUCACAGUAGUCCAUCACGACGUAGUCAUAGGACAUCAAAAGAAACGUUGAUUGAUAAUCCACCAGCAGUUUCCUCUGUAGACCCAUACAGAUCAUCACCAUCAGGGCAGGGAGGUCGUAGAGGGAGAGAUAAUUCACAAAAAUCACCAUUAAUGCGUUCCCAGUCAGAUAUGACAGUAAACAGUAGACCAGGAUACACAUCAUUAAUGCUUCCUGAAAGAGAUGGAAUGAAGCAUGGUGACUCAGGGGGUAAUAACUUCUUAAUUAAUAGAUGGAUGAAUUCAUUUACAUAUAGAGAAAAGGAUGACUCAUCUGAUGGUUCAAUUAGGAGGGUUAACUUCAGAGCUUUACAUAGUAAGAAAUUGAAUGAUGAAUUAGAACAUGAUGAAAGUAGUAGUAUUGUAGACCAUGAUAAAAUGUACAGUAUAAAUGGAGAAGUUCUGGAAGUCAGAGGUUUACCAAGAUCUGUUAGUAAUUUUUACUGUAAAGUUAGACUUCAAAAUCCAAAUACAAAGUUUAGAUUUGGUUCCAACAGUAGAGUGAUAGGAAAAUCCCAUUUAGUCAAAGCUGACAAUCCUGCAGUUAAUGCUAUAUUUGAGGUUGAUAGAGGAGCUGGUACCAGUGUAGAUGCUUUAGUCAUAUUUGAUAUAAAAGAUGGAAAGAAGCAGCAUGUGUCACAACAUUCCUUCACAAUUGGUCUGCUGUUUAUGGAUUACCAGGAAGGUGGAAUUACCAAAUGGUUAUCCCUGGGUCGUACAGGUGUAGAAGUAUUGGUGAACUUAAAGAAAGGAAAUCCAAACCCAAGGUUGAUGAGAAAACAUCAUAGACAUAGUAUGAGAAUGCCAGGGGAGAAAAAAUAUCAGCAAAAUGACGAUGAUUACAGACAGCAUUACCUUUGAGUUACUGAGACAUAGUUUAUUAGGAGAAUUAGAUUCUGUAUAUCUGUUAUUUUAUCGUUAGAUAAUACACUUGUUUGCACAUUAUAAGACUAGUUUACCAAUAUGUUUGAUAGAGUAGGAUUUAGUUUAACUAUACUGAUAAAUAGAUGGUUGUGUAAGCAUAAAUGGGAGACAACUGUGCAUGUUUAUUUGUAUUCUGAUGAUUAACAUUGCUGUAUGUUUUUUAUCCUUUCUGAUGACAACAAAUAAUUAAGGAUAAAAAGGCCUACCAGUUACAGCAUCUGACUUGUAAUUUAGUUUGAAAACUCUACAUCAAGUUAAGGGAUCCCUUUUUUGUCGAUGUAUUAUAAUCUAUAGUCAUUCCUUUUUAACAUUUGUGACUGUAUGAUGUCAACACCAGUGUAAAAAAAUAACUGAUGAAUAAAAGGGGUCCUAUUCUUAUAUAUGUCAUAAAAGCAGAGAUUUUUGCUUUUGUUUGUUCUGAAAUGUUUUUCUCCUCCAGUUAUGAUAUGAUGUCCUGUUUGUCAUUUUUUUUGGUUAUAAGUACAUUAUCAAUUUAGAUUGUAAUUUCUGAAAUACAAGGGAUCAACACACAGAUGUCACUUGAUUGAAUUUUUUCUAAAAAAAAAUCAAUUAAUGGUUUAAGUUUGCAAUAAAUCUAUUAAAAUUAUUGACCAAAGAAAUCAAACCAUUUUUUUAUCAGAAAAAAAAGUUGACCAACUUGUUGUGGACCAAGUUUUAAAAAGCUUUGGCCUAAAGCUAUUAACCUUUUGGUUAUAUUACUUUACAUAUUUGUCCAUCAUUGUCUGUAUCACCUUUUGCAUGACUCUGGGCAUUUCUUAUGGAUAUGAAUCCUUCAUCCUUUGUACUGGGCAUUUCUUAUGGAUAUGAAUCCUUCAUCCUUUGUACUGGGCAUUUUAAAUGGAUAUAAUUUCUCUGUACUGGAUGUUUCAAAUGGAUAUAACUUCUAUGUACUGGGCAUUUUAUAUUGAUAAAAAUCAAUAGCUUUGAGUAUUUGUGAAGUAGUUAAAUACAAAAGUACUCAUUGAUCAUGUCCAAAGCUGUGUGUUUUUACUUUGAAUAUAAAACUGCCAAAAAAUGUUUUCUUACAGAAUAAACUGUUACAUUUGUUUUACUGUUUACUCACUUGGCAUAUCUUUCUCCGUCUAUAGAUUUAUAUUAUCUGUAAAAAAACACAACCAAAGAUUGAUGAUUUUUUUUUUUAAUUAAACUUAAUUUGUAUAGAGUUUUGUAUUAAUUUCUACAACAGAUAAAUUUCUGGUGACAUUGUGCAAUAUUACUAUUUAGUCACAAAUAGCUAUAUAAAACUUACUCAGGUCUUUUGUAAAAAAGUUACAGAACAUUGUGAAUAAAGAACUAAGAAAAUUGAACAAAAACAUUAAAGUUUGAUACAGAUAUAGAAUGACCAUAAAAGUUAAAUAAGAUGUCCGUAUAAUUGUUUAUAUUGUAAAAUAUGAUAAUGAAGGCAAAUUUUAGUUAUGUAUGUACAAAAAAACUACACUGUUAAUUAUUGAUGAAAUUAUAUUAUAUAUAUAUAUAUAUAUUGAAUUGUUAAAAGAUAUUAUGCUAAAAUAUUUAUACUUGUAUGUGAUAUUUUUUUUGUGCUCAAUUGUUAUACAGUGGAACUGCUGAGAAUUUAUUAAAGAUGAUUUGAAAAUUUAGGACAGGUGCAUGCUUCAUUGUUGGUUUGAUUCAACGAUAUAUAAAUUACUAUAUAAAUUCACAAAUUUAGUUUUAGUUCUGAAGAUGUAUGGUAGACUACAAAUUAAAAUCAAUAAUAUUGAAUCAAUGAGACCUGUCCAUUAAAGAUGUUGAUGCCCUGUGAUAAAAAUACCAUCCACCUGUUUAUUUUUCUAUAUGUGUCAUGAUUUUUUCAAAUUGUAGUAGUCGAAUCUGUUACAAAGUUACAGGUGGGUCUUUGGUAUUACUUUUCUAGCAUUCAAAGGCAAUUGCGCAACUGCAUAAUAUACUUUUAUAUUGUAUGUAAUAUCUCAUUUAUGUUAACCAAUAUUUGAACCAAGGUGGAUUGUGUUGAGACUAUGUUAGCCAAUCAUCAUCACCUGACCUCAUUUUCAUUCCUCAGAAGUCUUGUUAAGUUUCGUUAUAGCUUUUGAAAUGAGGUUUGUUCCUCAGUACGGUAACAUCUAGUACAUGUAACAGGAUUUGGUAUGAGGAUUGGUUGUGAGGAGUAUAUUGGGCCUUUUUGUUCUCAUUUUACUCUCCACUUGUUAGGUUAAAGUGUUCAAAUUAAGUGUGUUUGUCAGAAUUUGUAUGUGAUGAUUAACAAGGCUUUGUUUGUGAAUUCUUUAUAAGUAGAAAAUAUGUAACCAAGGAAUUAAGUUUUAUUUUGAUUUUCACUUGAAAAAAAUAGAUGUUAACCAGAAAGGAUUGAUAAUAGUUGCUAAUUGUUCUGAACACAGAUAAUACCAUUAGUUUGAAGUAAUGAUAUGGCUGAGUAAAAGUGUUGCACAUUUCACGAGUACUAAAAACAAUUUAACAGACUUUACUGUAAUAGAAAAAAAUUUAGUGUAUAUAUCUUUUUUCAACAAUACAUGUGCAGUGUGUUACUUCAAGCAUGCCUAUGUGCCAGUUCGUGCAUAGUUUUAAGAGAUUGAAUUACUAAAAUGUUGCAUAAUUGUUAAAAAAUGAAUAAGAAUGGUCCAUAUUAUGUCUUGUUCUUUAAAUGAUAGGUAACUGUUACUGAUAAGCUGGACAAUAGUUAGUGAAACUUAUUCUAGUAAAAGUCAAUAAAAAAUAAUCCUAAGUAAAACAAGCUAUCUAUCUCCUUUAUAUAAAAUAGGUAUUCAGUACUUUAAAUAAUUAUAUGUUAAUUAUAAAGUGAAAAUGAGCUGGGAUGUAGAAUUGGUUCUAGAAUGUAUAUAUAUUUAUGUUUUUAUAUCUAUUUAUUUAUGAACUGUUAAGUUUAUUUUGCUAUUUAUUGUGUUUUAUGCCAUAUUUAGCCUCAUAUUUGCUAUGUUCUGUUUCCAAAUCUUAUACAUUUGUAUAUUUUUUUCCUUCUACAUCAAGUUUUCUUUAAGAAUUGCAUAUUCAUUUUUAAGAUUUCCCCCAAAAAAAACACUGAAGUAAACAGGUUGAAUAAUAUUUUGGAAUUUUCUUGUGUUAUUUGGAUUUACAAAAAGAGGUUCUUAUUGUAUGAUAUCAGUUAGGCAUUACCAUCUCAUAAUCUGUUGAAAUAAAGUCAAAUGAAAUGAAGUACAUGUUUAGUUGUUCUGUCUAUUCACUAAAAUUAAUACUAUAUGUGUAUAUCCUUCCAUAACUGAUAGUUCUGCUUUUUUUUAUUUUGUUUGUGCCAUAAGAAAUAAUGUCUCACAUAUUAGUUUUAUUGAUAUAGAAUUAUGACCUUUUCAUGAAUAUAUUAUGUUAUAGAUAAUUUUUGUCCAUAGUAAAUUUGCUUAUAAGUCAUUCAUAUUCCCAGCAUUAAUGAAAAUAAGUUAACAUUACAUACUGUAAGAUUUCUCAAAUGAGACUUUCUCACAUGUCCUUUUUAAUGAAACAAGUUACUAAAUCAAUUUAUAGGAUUCUUAUAUUAUACUUCUGUUAAUCUGUAAUCAGAGAAAGUGAGGUUUUUGUAUUAAAGCAGUGGAAAAUAUUUGCAAGUGAUGUAAAUUAAGCCUAUUUUUAUACCCCACACAACGAGUUGCGGAGGGUAUAAUGUUUUUGACCCGUCUGUUCGUCUGUCAGUCCUGUUUCUUGUCAUCGCAACUCCUCUCAAAUCACACAACAGAAUUUCACGAAACCUUUUUAGAUAAUAAGGACAUACUAUGUAGUUGUGCAUAUCGACAGGAAAUUAGAUUCAAUUCUUUUUCUAGGAGUUACGCCCCUUUGAACUUAUUUACUUUAAUGUACUACUGCAACCUUUUGUCAUCGCAACUCCUCUCAAACCACACAACAGAAUUUCAUGAAACCUUUUCAGAUAAUAAGGACAUACUACGUAGAUGUGCAUUUCGACAGGAAAUUACGAUUCAAUUUUUUUUCCAGGAGUAAUCCUCUUUGAACUUAUUUGCCCAAUAUACUACUGCAACCUUUUGUCAUCGCAACUCCUCUCAAACCACACAACAGAAUUUCAUGAAACCUUUUCAGAUAAUUUUUUCUUACACUUAUUUAGUUUCUCCAAUGAUGAUGUGGGGAGGUGGGGUAUGUGAGCGCGCUCACUAAGGUUCUUUCAUCUGAAUUUCUUUUAUAAUACAUGUUUAUUUUAAGAGAUGAUCUUGAACACAAUGGUAAUGAUUCCCCUGUAGAGUAAUUUUGCUCCAAAAUCCUAUCUUUGACACAAAUUUUUGUACAUUUAUUUAUUUUUUUGUCUUGCCUGUGACGAAUGUUGCAGAUUGCAAGACGUAUUUAUGCUAAUUUUGCAGUGACAGCUUUAAUUAACUAUAUAAAGCCUAAAAUUUCAUAACGUAUUAUGUAUAAAUGCCUUAUGGUCUGAAGAUUCUGUUUUGCAUGUGACAGCUGACCAUGACCUCAUUUUCAUGAUUCAAAGACUUGCUUUAAAAUUGUAAUAUUUUCUUACUUAGGCCAGUUUCUCAGUCACAACUGAGUGAUAGAUAAAACUAUUUAUUAGGGAUGUCAACGAGUACUCCUAGCACUGAGUAUCGAAUACCGAAACGAUACUCGACUAAUUGGUUUCCUGUUAGAAUAUUGCUGUCUUCUUUAUAUAAAAUUGUUCUUCUUGAGAACCUCUUUCGCAUUAAUCAUACUAGUAAAUAAAAUACAUUGUGUUUCAAAUGCUUGUGCUAAAUUGUCAUUUAAAAUACAUCCAAAAAUAUGUGGGCUAUACCUAGGCUAACACUUUAAACUAAACUUGUCUUAGCCAUUCCGUCACUUCGUACUGUCAGAGCAAAUAUUUUCGUCUGCAAGACUGUACAAAGUUCCAAAAAAAGAUAAAUUUGUUGCAUCCUCUGGUGACCCUCAGUGAAUAGUUAAACUUCUAAUCCUUACUUCUUUGUAAACAGUCAAUGUGUAUUCUUAAUGAUUACCAAAUGCUAUUGUUUGAUAUGGUUUUUCCUUGUUAUGAUUUUUAAAUAGGUGUUCAUUAAAUUAUAUUGAUUAAAUUAUUGUUUUUUACUUAAUUAGUUCUUGUUGGUAAUGAGCUAUUAAUAAUGGUGUGUAAUUCCUUGUCCCAGAUAAUUAUGUAGAUGGUUUUUUGUCUGUUGAACAACAAACCACAUAAUAUUAAUUACGUAUUUUAGUGUUUUAUGUGUUGUAGAUAUAUUCCAGAGAGAGUAUUCCAGUAUCACAAGAUAAAACCGACAAGUACUCGAUUAGUAAUUGUUCACAGAGUUGACAUCCCUACUAUUUAUGGUCAAAAUUUUGCAAGGUGCACAUGUCUGUCUCCAGCUGUCACUUGACCAUGACCUCAUUUCAGUUUCAGUUAUCAAAAUAAAGUACAUGUAUUUGCUAGGUCAGUUUAAAUUUUAGUAUGAGUAAAAAGUCAACCAUAUUUAGUCUGUGCAAUGGUAUAAGAUGUAUAUGUCCAUCUGAAUUUUUCCAUGACCAAUGCUUUUUUUAUGCUUUAGUAGGUAAAUUUCUUAAUAAUUAUGAUUAAUAGGUCAACUAUGAUUGGUCUUCAUUGUAAGGUGUACAUGUCCAUCUAACAGAAAUCACGGGCAGACAGUGAUCAAAGAUAAUUUAAGUUUUUAUCCUUUGGAUAGUUUCCAUAUACUGUCUUUGUUAUAGUUAUUCGCACAAAUGCAUUAUUUAUAGGAAUUUUCUAGUUUUUGUAAUGAAAUAAUUGAAUUAUUUUCUACAUGUGCUGGAAGUAGUGAAAAGGUUGCUAUUAGAUAAACAUUUUAAAAGGUGUUAAUAUAAAAUCAACCAACGCAUAUUUAAACAUAUCAUUUUUUUAAAUUUUGUAAUUAAAAGAUGGAGGUCAUGAAGAUCCAAGGAUUUUUUUCCAGUGAUGUAAAUAUAUAUACCAGCAAAGAUUGUUUGUAACAGAAAACUGGAUGUUUGAAGCAAUAUUUGUACAUGUACGAGGUUUUUUUCUAUAUUGUUACUUUUAUAUAUUUACAUUGUGAUAUUGUUUUAUAAACCUUUCCAUUUUGUGGUUGUGCCUUUUCAUACAUUUAUAUAUAUUAAAGUGAUACCCAUUUCAAAUUAAAAUUAUAUAUAUUUA